CAGUCCUCCUGCGUCAGACUGACGGCAGUGCUCGAACUCUGAGCCGGCUUCCUCGGACCCAGGACACCAGCCAUGAUGCAGAGGGCUUUGUUCGGACGGGGCGCCUUGCUCGCCCAGCAGGCUGCGGUGGCCCUCGAUGGGCCCCUGGGCUCCAGGAGUGCGCCCCUUCUCCUGCGCCUGGAUCGGCCAAUGUCCAGUGUGUCCAUCCCGCCGCCGGCAUGCAUGCUGCGGCCGCUAGAGGCGCCUCUACGGUACCUGUUCGGACCCGGACCUUCAAACGUUCCUCCACGCAUCUUGGCUGCCGGCGCCAAACCAAUCAUAGGACACCUGCACACCGAAAUGUAUGAGAUCAUGAAUGACAUCAAGAAGGGGAUCAACUACGCCUUCCAGACGGAGAACAACAUGACCAUCGCGAUGAGCGGCUCCGGACACGCUGCCAUGGAGUGCGCUGUGUUCAACACUGUGGAGCCCGGAGAGAGCGUCCUCGUUGCCAUCAACGGGAUUUGGGGAGAACGUGUGGCAGAGAUCGCGGAAAGAAUGGGUGCCAAAGUUCACAGAAUGGUAAAAACUCCAGGAGGAUAUUUCACUAAUAAAGAAAUAAACGAUGCUGUAGAAAAGCACAAGCCUGUCCUGUUCUUCCUCACACACGGGGAGUCUUCUGCUGGACUCUGUCACCCAAUCGAUGGCAUCGGAGACAUUUGCAGAAAACACAACUGCCUCUUCCUGGUGGACACAGUUGCGUCACUUGGAGCAGCACCCAUUUUCAUGGACAAGCAGAAUAUUGACAUCCUCUACACUGGUUCUCAGAAGGCGCUAAACGCCCCUCCUGGCACAGCCCCGAUAUCCUUCAACGACAGAGCAUGCCACAAGAUGUUCAACAGGAAAACAAAACCAGUGUCCUACCUCUUUGACAUGACACAUCUUUCCAACUACUGGGGUUGUGAUGGUAAACCAGCCAGAAUAUAUCAUCACACUGGCCCUGUCUCUGGAUUUUUCGCCUUGAGAGAGAGCUUAGCAAUUCUUGCAGAAAGGGGGCUUGAGGAGUCGUGGAGGAAACACAAGGAGGUGGCUUCAUACCUUUACAGAGGACUUGAGGACCUGGGACUGAAGCUCUUCAUUUCUGACAAGGACAUGAGGCUGCCUUCAGUUACAACCAUUGCCAUUCCUGAAGGAUAUGACUGGAAGCAGCUGCUUGCCUACAUGAUGAAACACCAUCAGAUUGAGAUGACUGGCGGCCUGGGACCAUCAGUUGGCAUGGUAAUGCGAAUCGGAUUGAUGGGAUACAACUGUGAGAAGUCCAACGCUGACAUGGCACUCAAUGCGCUUGCUGACGCUCUAAAGAACUGCAAGAAAUCCAAAGUUUGAAACAAACACAGGCACAAUGACUAUUCACGCAUUCAAGGAAAAUACCUAAAGGAAUUGCAGAUACAUAUGCAAUGCCCCCUGCAAGACAAUUCAAUAUGUUGAGUGACUCAUUAAUGAACAGCUCUUUUUGUGUCAAUGUAUCAAAGCCAUUUCUUGGAAGAGAAUUUAAAUGUAGUUUUGUCAGAGGGUCAAAUGAAAGCACUGAUGAGUGAAGAUCUAGAAAUAGCGCAAUGUUUUAUCUCACACAUUUUGCUAUGUUUUUUUGGUGGGUUGUAAUAAAAAUGACGCCACUAUUAAAUGAAAUAAAGACUGCAUUGAGAAGAA